UUAUCACAAUGUAGACUGAAACAAGCAGUAAUCUUUAUUUCCUUAGAUCUUUUGGUUGCAUACACAUGAAUAGACAGAAUUGUGAGGUUGUUAGGAAAAAUGUUAACAUGCAUCACAUGCAAAGACCCAAAACUGACUCACUGUUACUGCUUGUAGGAAGACCAAGUGAGUGAGGGAUGAGUGUUAGUUUGAGUAGUGACAUUUUUUUGUUUGUUUACAGAAUUUCUGCUUUUUUACUUCUCUGCUAGUUCGCUCCUUUGAAACAAGACAAAAAGCAAUUAGUUGCUAUUGAAGUUAGUCCAGAAAGUCAUAAUCUACUUAAUUUGCUUGUUCUUUCCACUGGGCUACCAAGGAUCCUCUGUCUUUUGGAGUCAAGAAGUUUUAUUUGCUCAGGUGUUUUCUGUUGCUGAACUGUCUGAGAACAAAGUGAAGCUGUACUAAUACCACUAGAAUAUCACUUAUUAGAAAUGUAAGUGAAAAUAUGAAAUCAGAGUAAUACUGAGUGUUUCUGUAAGAAGUUUUUCAUUCAGUAACCCACACGUUCAUGUCUGAGGACAAACUUUAAAAGACACCUCAUCAGUACAGUCAUCUAUCAGGAAUAGCAAAUGCUCCUAGGGUCACCAAAGAGAAUCCCCACCCAGUGCUGCUGAUGUCAGCAGGAAACCUCUGGCUGUGUGCAGCACAGCUAGGAUUUGCCUCCUGGACAAACUCCAGUUAUGCAAUGGAUUUCUAGCACUGUAACCAAGUACAGCAUGUUCACAGUCUGUGAGCUUGCCUUUUUCAUAGGGCAUGAAGCAAAAAUACAACCCCAGGGCUGAACUCUUAGUCUGAAAGUUUUAUUUCGCUGUAGGGGUAAGGUGCUUUGCAAGGAAAUACUCUGUAGAGCAGGAGAGGAGAUGGUCAGCCCUCCCACAUGCUGUCCCAGUUCUCCUUGGCAUCUGCAGCAGCAUGCCAUGGGGCAUGGAAUCAGUGCAAGGAACACCAGUGGAAAACAGUGCUACAACAAAACACAGAAAUAUGGGGUUUAUUGUCCCCCCCUACAUAAAACACAUACCUGACUUUCUUGUCUUUCACUUGAGCACUCUCAAACUGUCAGGUAUAUUUCUGUUUUGAAGAGAAAGCUCUUUUCAAAACUUCUCUGACACACAACAGCAGAGAGAACGAGGAGAAUUUUGCCUGUGCUUCCUUGGGAUGAUUGUCAGGAAAAUGGAGAAUGAAAGGUAAAGACAAAAAUGAAGAAAGCUCAAAACAAUUUCUACAAAGUCACAAUUACUAGAGUAAUGCUGGCAUUAGAAUCACAGAACCACAGAUUCAAUAAGGUUGGAAAAGACCUCAAAGAUCACUGAGUCUAGCCUUUGACCAAAAAGAUUUAAUUUCUGUAUAUUAAAAUCUGAAGCCAAUAUCUCUGGUGAAGCAUAUGCUUGUGAAUUCAUAUAAACACAAAAACUAUAGUUCCCAGAGCAAACAUGUAUUUCCACUAAGCCUUCCCAGUCUUUAAGUGUAUGAUGGGUUUAAAGGUAAGACAGGAUAUAUUUUCCUAGAAAUCACUUAAGUUUUGUGCUACAAGGCUUCUACUUUAUGCCCAGUAGCAAGGUUUUCAGCCUUGAUUCUGGAAAGAACUAAGCAUGUCUAUAACUGUAUACACACACACACACACUUCUAUACACACAUGCACACCGUAUUUUAAACAAAUAAAGUUGACAACAAAACUCUUAAGGGCUUUAACAGCAGACCAGCAGCUUCCUAAAGGCUGUGCAUAACAUGUAAUUGCAUUGGAGUCCGAAGUUAUGGUCAGUGCGUAAAGUUAAACAUGAGCAGAACUGUUUGCAGGAUUAAGUGCCUUUGAUGUCAACUCUAGUUGACAAGAUGUUUAAUAAUUAAAGGUAUCAAAAGAGGCUUGAACCAGCAUAUUUUUUCCACAUACACCUAGCUUGCCUAAAUGGCAUUAAUAAUAAAAGCUCCCAAGAUUACUCAAAAGUGCAAUAACUUUAUGAAAGUUUUUAUUUUCCUUUUCAAAAGUGAGCAUUUCAUACACAACACUGUUAUUUACCAUAUGCAUCUUCACAGUACCUACAGAAAUCUCAAAUACAAAUCUCAUCAGAGAUCCUAUAGCAAGCUCAUAAUCAAAAUAUUCCUAUUACAGAUGAUGGAAUAGCCGCUCUGUAGCAAUAUAAAAGAAAAACUCUUAAGAAAAACACAGAACUGUGAGUUAAAAUGGUGCUAUGGAGAAAAGUUAGCAUGGAUGAUGAUGAUAAUAAUAAUCAUAAUUAUUAUAAUUUCCACCACUGGAAAAAUAGUGGAAUUUUGUGAGGAAAAGAAAACUUUAAAGGGAAAGCAGCAAACUGACUUCAGAGUCAGUCACUGUGGAAGAACACAGGGAAGUUGCCAAGCACUGGGGUGCGGUGGGCAUGUGGAAUGGAUAUUCAGACCAACCAACGGGAGAGAAAGUUGAAAAUACCAUUCUUUAAGCCAUUUAUUAUUAAUUGAAGCUGCAGUAUUACCUAGACUUAUAUCACUAUCAUUUAUACUAGGAUAUGAGCUCGAGGCAAAACCCAAAGGGGAAAAAAAUCCAUCCCAAAACCCCAACUUUGGAAGCCCAGAGCUCAACCCACGAGCUCCCGAGCAAAGCGGAGGAACCUAACCCUUCCCCUGCCGGGAAGAAAUCUGUAAACCCUACCAAAAGAGAAGGAAAUAACCCCAAAUCCGUGCUGCCUGGGGGCCGUGUGCCCCUGCACCCCUGCUGUGACGAUGCCGCUUCUCUCUCCCCCUCUCCCGGCAGAAGCUGGCGGUGCUGGCGGGCAGCGGCCGCGCCGAGCCCGGCGGUGUCCCGGCGCUCCUCAAGGCUCCGGGCGGCGGCAGCCCUGGCGGCAGCCCCGGGCACAGCCUGCCCGUGCUCGGGGACAGCCUGCCCAGCCCCGGGCACAGCCUGCCCAGCUCCGGGCACAGCCUGCCUGUCCCCGGGCACAGCCUGCCCAGCCCCGGGCACAGCCUGCCCGUCUCCUCGCUGCCGGCCCGGGCGCCCAUCGCGAUGGUCACGGCGGGCCUGCCCGGCGGGACGGGCGCGGAGCCCCCUCAGGGCGCGCCCCUCCGCCUGCCGAGCACGGCCAAGGCUGCGGGGGCCCGCCGGCCGCCGGAGCUCGGCUCCAGCACCCAGACUUUGGGAACUAUCACUGCAGUGCCCAUUAAGGUUCCUCAGGUCAGCUCCUUGCAGAGGUUGGCAGGACAAGGACCAGCAGUGCUACCUCAGGUUAGGCCAAAGACUCUGAUUCCAGACAGCCUCCCAAUCUCCCCGUGCAGAGACCAACCUUCCAAGCAGCCUCCCACCUUCCAGAAGGCAACCAUAGUGAGCAUCAAAAACCCCAGCCCUGCCCUCCCAACCGCCAACAACACCGUCAGCCAUGGACAGACCCACAGCAGCCAGUCACAAAGUGUCACCGAGCCUGCAGCCCUCUCGUCCCCUCUGAGUGGUGCUGGUGUGGCCUAUGCCAUCAUCUCCACCUCCCCCAGCAAUGCAGCUCCCAUCAGCACCAGCGCCGCUGUCUCGGUGGUCAACGACAGCAUCAAAGUGCAGCCGCUUCUCAUCAGCGCCGACAGCAAGGUUAUCAUUAUUCAACCUCAAGUCCAAACCCAGACAGAAAGUAAACUGGAGACAAAGAAAUCUCCUGAAGAGUCAGCUCAGGGACUGCCUGCUACCAAAAAGAAAAAGGAGGAAAAUCCAGAGAAAAUUGCCUUCAUGGUAGCACUAGGACUGGUUACAACAGAACAUUUGGAAGAAAUCCAGAGCAAGCGUCAGGAAAGAAAGAGAAGAAGCACAGCAAAUCCAGCCUACAGUGGACUCUUGGAAACAGAGCGGAAACGCCUUGCAUCGAAUUAUUUGAAUAACCCCUUGUUCCUUUCAACGAGAGCAAAUGAGGAUUCAUUCUGGAAGAACGAGAUCCAUCACGAUGAACACUGCACUGCUUGCAAGCGUGGAGUUAACUUGCAGCCCUGUGGCACAUGUCCCAGAGCAUAUCACCUCAACUGCUUGGACCCACCCCUCAAAACUGCCCCCAAAGGGCUCUGGGUCUGCCCAAAGUGCCAACAGAAGGUUUUAAAGAAAGAUGACAGUGUGCCAUGGACUGGAACUCUGGCUAUUGUUCACUCCUAUGUUACCCAUAAAACAGUCAAAGAAGAAGAGAAGCGAAAGUUAUUAAAGAGGAGCAGUGAGCUGAAGAGUGAGCACAGACAGUUAGAAGAAAAAGAUCGGCUUCUCAACAGUGCAGUGAAGAAAUGCUUAGAGCUAAAAACCAGCCUGAUGGCCCAGCAGAAAGGGACUCAGUCAUCACUGGAACGCCUCAAAACCCUCAUUAGACUGAUACAAAACGAGCAGAUGAUUCAGGUUACCAUGACGACCACCACCACCACCUCCCUGCUCUCCAUCCCCUGGAUCAAACCCUCGGCUGCCUCUGCUGCCAUGCACAAAGCUCUGCAGCCCUCACAGGGCAACAACUGACAGCAGUCGGCAGCGCGAGGUCUGAGGAACGGCGACGAGAAACUUUAUGCACACGAGCAGAGGAGAGAUGAAACUGGAACAAAGGGCAGAAGGAGCAAUCUCAGUUUUGAUAAACUUAGAGACUUGCAGACCAGGCAGCCCAGUUUGUAGGUCACUGUGGCAGCACAUGCCCACAGAGCGGGUCGUGCUGCAGUUUUGUAUUUGCCAAGACCUUCAGUGCUUAUGACAUUUUGUUUUGUUAUGUUGGCCUUAAUGUAUUUAUGACUGAGGAUGAACCAGAGAAGCAUGGCUGAUAGAGGAAGCAGGAUAGCCUUUUGUGGUGGCAGACAGGCUUUCUGUUCCGAGGGGAGAGGAGUUAGUGAGGUAUUAGAGAAGUAGUUGGGCUGAAAGCUAUGUGUGUGGGGGGGAAUCGGUGAGAUAACCAGAAACUGAGCUACUUAGCACUUGACAUGAUGUCAGAGGAACAAGUUUGGCCCCAUUGAUUCAGGGGACCUGGAUAUGGGGUCUUUGUGACCAGAACAGCAUCACGGACACUCACAGAGCCUUGGAAACAAAAGAUCUUUUUUUUUUUUUUUCCGUAUUAUUAGACUUGAGAAUUGCAGAUAUUUAAAUAAAGAAACUGUAUGAAGCUAGCAUUUCUAGUAAAAUAUUGAAGUAUUUUCAUGCUGAUGCAUCUGUAUAUGCGUUCCAAAAUAUUUAAAAAAUACGACUGUAAAACUCCUUUUGCAGGUCCUUUUUACUUAUUUUGCUAUCAGUGUAUUUUUCUCAUGGAGUUUUUGUGCAAGGUUUAGCAUCAACCAUAACAGUGGAUAUCUUUGACAGUUUGGGUUUCAUUUUUUAAAGUGAUUAUUUUGUGGUUUUCUGUCUUUUUGUUCGUUUUGGAUUGUUUUUUAAACAAAAAAAAAAGCAAAUAAAUAUUCUGGGUUUUGUUUCU